GGGGCCUGUGACAUUUACUACAUCAGCCAACAGUAGGAACAUAGUAUCCAAGCUCCCCCCAUCCCCUGCAUGGGCAGGGCCCAGCAGAGUAUAAAUAGGGCAGACAUUUGAGCUUUCCCCAAACCUCUCUGUUCAGCACUUCCUCUCUCUGGGUCUGCUCUCAACUGUCACCAUGGAAUACCCCUUAGAAGAGGCCCUGGAUAUGAUGGUGUCUACCUUCCACAAAUACUCAGGCAAAGAGGGUGAUAAGUUCAAGCUCAACAAGUCUGAGCUGAAGGAGCUGCUGACCAGGGAGCUGCCUAGCUUUUUGGGGAAAAAGAGAGAUGAAGCAGGAUUCCAGAAGCUGAUGAGCAACCUGGACAGCAACAGGGAUAACGAAGUAGACUUCCAGGAGUACUGCGUCUUCCUGUCCUGCAUUGCCAUGAUGUGCAAUGAAUUCUUUGAAGGCUGCCCAGAUAAACAGCCCCGGAAGAAGUGA